GCGUGUGGCUGCUCGCCAAGGGUGAGCACGGCUGCGAGCGCCCCGGAGCUGCGUCCUCGCUCGGUGCAGGCAUGAUCGGCCAGAAGACCCUCUACUCCUUCUUCUCCCCGACCCCAGCCGGGAAGCGGAGCACGCGCAGCAGCCCCGAGCCGGCCCCGGGGGGCGACGUGGCGGCCGAGGAUGGCGGGGAUGCGGUGGCUAGCCCGGCCAAGAAGGCCCGGGUGGGACCGGACGAGCAGGCCACGCCGCCCUCCUCGCCGCUCAGCGCCGAGCAGCUCGACCGCAUCCAGAGGAACAAGGCCGCGGCGCUGCUCAGGCUCGCCGCCCGCAACGUGCCCGCCGGCUUCGGCGAGAGCUGGAAGCGGCAGCUCAGCGGCGAGUUCGGGAAGCCGUACUUCGUCAAGCUAAUGGGAUUUGUUGCUGAAGAAAGAAAACAUCACAAGGUCUAUCCGCCCCCGGAACAGGUGUUCACAUGGACCCAGAUGUGCGACAUCCGAGAUGUGAAGGUUGUCAUCCUGGGACAGGACCCCUAUCACGGACCUAAUCAGGCUCACGGGCUCUGCUUCAGUGUUCAAAGACCAGUUCCGCCUCCACCCAGUUUGGAAAACAUUUUUAAAGAGCUAUCCACAGACAUCGAUGGUUUUGUUCAUCCUGGCCAUGGGGAUUUGUCAGGGUGGGCCAGACAAGGUGUCCUCCUCCUCAAUGCUGUCCUCACGGUCCGUGCCCACCAAGCCAACUCCCACAAGGAGAGGGGUUGGGAGCAGUUCACUGAUGCAGUUGUGUCCUGGUUAAAUCAGAACCUGAAUGGCCUUGUCUUCCUACUCUGGGGUUCUUAUGCCCAGAAGAAGGGCAGCGCCAUCGAUAGGAAGCGUCACCAUGUCCUGCAGACAGCUCAUCCCUCCCCGUUGUCGGUGUACAGAGGUUUCUUUGGGUGUGGACAUUUUUCUAAAGCCAACCAACUGCUCCAAAAGUCUGGCAAGACGCCCAUCAACUGGAAGGAGCUGUGAGCCUGAGCUGCAGGCAUGCGUCUCCAGCAGCGCUGUCCGACGCUGCCACAGAAGUGUUUGCCAGCUAAGAAGUCAUUGGAAAUGCCCUUGUUCUUAAGUUCCCCCUGUGGGUGAGGAAAGCGGAGAGAUCUCUGUAAAACUGUCCUGA